AUGGUUGGCGUCGCACGGCGCAUGAACAAGCUGAAGGCUCUUCUCAACAUACGACACGGUCCCGGGGCUGCGCUUCUGCCUUCUGAGGUCUCAAGGAUACACCUGGAAUUCGCCCAGCGGUGGAACGACGGACAGUAUGGCCCCAGAAAAUUCUGGCAGACCUGUUUGCCGCGCCUGAAAUACUGGAACCCGGCCGUUCCUAUGAUCGUCAACCGCACAUCCGAGGCCACCGGUCCGGCCACUCUGACCAUCUACUUUCGCCAGAAACAGGAAGGCGUCAUAGCAGCCGCAGAAGCCACUGAAGCAGAACCACAGCCUAGCUCGUCUUUUGUCGGCGAGUCCAAGGCUCCGCAGCCCACCCCCACCGAGCGCACCGUCCAGAUCGACAUGAAGGGCCUGCGCUCAGACGCCAUCCUCCAGGAUUUCCUCAGCAAGUCUGGUGCCAUCCCAGUCUCCCCAUCGUCCCAGGAGCAGGCCGACAUGCGCGAAGUCGAGGAGCGUGCCGAGCGCGCCAGCGUCGACCGUGAGGUUAUGCUCAAGUACCUGACAGCUCGGCGACGUGAGGCAGCUCUGCUGGCCCAGGCAAAGAGCGAGGUAGAUUCUUUGAAGCAGAGUGUAUGA